AUGGUCUUGUUGAGUCCAUCAGUUAGUGCACUUAGAAAGCUGCUCGGGAUUUGUGAAGGGUAUGCGGUCGCCCAUGGCCUCAGGUAUAAUGUACAGAAGAGCGAGUUCCUAGUAUUCAAGCCAAAGGGGGGCACCGUGGGUACGGUUCCAGCGGUGUACCUGUACGGAACGGAACUUAAACGAACCUCGCAGUUUAAGUACCUGGGGCACUGGGUGACGGAAGACCUGUCGGACGGCGUGGAUAUAGAGAGAGAAAGGAGAUCCAUGGCGCUGGCGGUACGCUGUAACAUGCUCGCCCGCAGGUUUGCACGAUGUACGAGGCAGGUAAAAAUCACUCUUUUUAAGGCCUAUUGUCAGAGUUUCUACACGUGCAGCCUGUGGGUGAGGCAUUCUACGAGUACCCUCAAUACACUGAGGGUACAAUAUAAUAAUGCAUUUAGGAUGCUGAUGGGGCUGCCGCGCUACUGCAGUGCCUCGGGUAUGCUCACGGAGGCUAGGACAGACGGCUUUCACGCCAUUUUGCGUAAACGUGCGGCAUCCCUGAUGCGACGCGUGUGCGCCAGCCCCAACAGCCUCCUACGUGUGGUGGCCAGCAGGCUGGAUUGCCCGUUCCAAUACCACUGGGUGAAAUUACAUGUCCGGUGA